AUGGCCACCAAGCUUGUCGCCAAGCCCAAGAACGGAGAUGAAGACCGCGUCGCUCAAGCCUCCAUCCCCGUCAUGCCCGAGCCACCGCUGCCGGAAGCCUCCGUCUCCACGUUCAGCUACAGCGAUUCCGACGAUGAGGAUGUGGAUGAGGUCCAGUUGGUGGGCUCGCCAUCACCGCUUCCUCGUCCUGGUGGAUCCCGGGCGCAUUCAUCGUCGCCGCCUCUCAGCAGCUGCAACUCCAGCAACGGGCGCUCCAUUCCCAACUCGUCGACGGAUGAUCUACACAACUCCGUGGACACUCCGCCGCCACCGCCGCUCAAUCAACGUCGGCCACAGCCUGGUGACGACAUGGUAGUGCCGCCAAUGCCCGAGUCAGAGCCCAAGACAAGCCGUACCUACGCCGAUAUCGUGAAGCAUUCUUUCAUCGGGCAAAAAUCAUCACCAGCAGCCGCAGGACCACAAGCUUAA